GCGAAAACUGCGUGAAGCUUAUGGUGAAAUUUUUCAUGAUUUGAAGCAGGACUUGCUGGUAGUUACUGGUUGGAUAUGGCGAAUUCGGUGGACCGUGGACAGUCAAGCCAAAAAUGGUUGAAGCCAAAGCUGGGGCCCUAUGGAAAGAGGUUUUUCAGCCGGAGAGGCAAGGGAGGUCGUUGUCAUGAACCAACCUGAGCUUCAGACUUCAUUUUAUUUGAAGCAAUCAAAUUCGAAAUCCUCUUCUGCAUUGUCAUUUUGGGUCUCAAAAUCAGCCAAAUUCUUGAAAAAUAGAGGUGGGUUGUUCCAGAAUAGGAUUUGCAGUAAGAGGUUUCACUUUGAUGGAAUGGUAGUUAAUAACUCUAUCUAUUCUGCUUCUCCCAAUUGUCUCCAAAUUGAAAUGGAGGCUUUGGUGAUCGAAAAUGAAAUAGAGGAAACAGAGGGGAUAUGUGAGAAUGGAUCAAAAGUUGCCAAAUUUGGGGAUUCCAACGAAGAAGAAAGUGGGGAAAUUAGUUCAAGUUUGAAUUCUGAGUUUUUGGCUCUGCAGAAUUAUGAUCAUAGUAGCUCUGAGGAUUCAUCUUCUCCCUCUUCAGUUACUUUCAGAGUUCCUGAGGAAAUGGAUAAGCCCAAAUUGGACAAAAGGCAAUUAGAGAAACAAGGUUCAUCACUUUCAGAAACUGAGAUGAUGAAAAAACUAUUCUCAAAGUUGCUACUUGGUGAAGACAUGUCUGGUUUUGGCCAGGGAUUUUGUCCUGCAUUGGCCAUAUCGAAUGCUAUAACUAAUCUCUGCGCUACAAUAUUUGGUCGAGUUUGGAGAUUGGAGCCUAUAUCGUCUGAGAAGCGCGAAAUGUGGCAAAAAGAGAUGCAAUGGCUUCUCUGCGUUAGCGAUCACAUUGUGGAACUCGUACCCGAUUUUCAGACAUUUCCUGAUGGAAGCAAACUUGAGGUCAUGACUUCGAGGCCGCGAUCAGAUCUAUACGUUAACCUUCCUGCAUUGCGCAAACUAGACAACAUGCUACUCGAGAUACUUAACAGCUUCAAAAAUUCAGAGUUUUGGUAUGUCGAUCAAGGAAUAUCAUCGGCUGUUGAUUCUGAUGGAUCAUCCUCCUUCCACAAGCCCCUUACAGGUCAAGAAGACAAAUGGUGGCUUCCCGUUCCUCGUGUUCCACCUGGUGGCCUCGGACAAGACGAGCGAAAAAGGUUGGAUGACAAGCGCGAUUGCACGAGCCAAAUCCUCAAAGCUGCAAUGGCGAUCAACCGUAUUGUUCUAGCUGAAAUGGCAGUACCCGAUUCAUAUCUACAAGCUCUCCCAAAGAAUGGAAAAGCAACUGUGGGAGACGCAAUCUAUCAUCAACUAACUUCGAACAAUUUUUCGCCCGAAUGCGCGCUUUGUUCCCUCGACUUAUCCUCCGAGCAUCACGCCAUCGAGAUUGCCAAUAAAAUCGAAGCAGCCAUUCACGUGUGGCGCCAGAAAACGAAUCCGAAACAUCCACACACCACGCAAAGAUCCACCUCAAAGUCGUCGUGGGAAUUAGUCAAAGAUUUUGUAAUCGAUGCCGACAAAAGGGACCUUCUUGCAAGCCGAGCAGAGUCCCUUCUCCUUAACUUAAGACAUCGAUUCCCUGGAUUGCCUCUGACAACCUUAGACAUGGCUAAAAUCCAAUUCAAUAAGGAUGUCGGAAAGUCUAUCUUGGAGAGUUACUCGAGAGUCGUCAAGAGCAUGGCGUUCAACAUUGUUGCGCGCAUUGACGACGUAGUUUCGGUGCAUAACUUGUCGAAGCAUUCGGAUCAGGUCGUGUCGAUAUCGAAAAUCGGAACAAUAACUCAUGGGGGUAAGAUGAGUUCAUCGUGUCCUAACUUUUGGUGUUCUUCGCCAUUGAUGAUCCACCCUGCAAGUUCAAGCUCAAGCUCAAAUGAUGGUGAAGGUAGAAGAAUUAACCUUAGCAGAUUUGGUGUGGGAAGAAUUUUCACAGGAGGUUAUUUGAAUACCAAUCUAUAACAACCAUUAUUAUUACUACCUGAAAUUUUGCUUGUAUUUCAUUUAUGAACUGUUCAGUAAAUAGUAUUAUUAUUAUUAUUUUAUUUUUUUAUAACGUUGUUGUUGUUGUUAUUAGUAGUAGUGAUAUUAUAUGGUAAGUAGUAAUUUUUUGUUUUUGUAUUUAAAUAUUAAUUUUAUUUUUUUUCGUAUAA